AGGAGGGUCGGGGGGAGUCCUAGAUGCGGGUCCCGGGCGGGAGGGGCGGCCUUGUCACCGCCGGCGCGGCCCGGGGUCUGGAGCCGGGGCCCGAUGCCGGGUGUUUGGUGCGGCAGGUCUGGGUCCCCGCAGGGGCGGGCGGAGCGGGCCGUGGGCGGGGCGCCGGGAGGGGCGGGACCCACGGGCGGCGGGCUGGGCUCUGCACCCGGCGGAAUGCGCGCCCCGCAGCCCCCGCAGCCCCUGCGCGGCGCUGCCCCAUGGCAGGUAGCGACCGGCCCGGGGGCGAUGGGUCUGGGGUCGCGGGGCCCGGGCGGGGGGCGGCGCUGCGGGCGCCCCGGGCGGCUGUGCUGCUGUGCGCGCUGGUGCUGGGCGCCUUCUGCCUGCGCGCCCUCCCCGGCAGCCGCCCGCCGCCCGCUCGUGCCCGCGCCCCCGCCCCCGCCCCGCCGCCGCUGCCCGAGCCGCCCGGGCCUCUGGGGGUCCGCGGGCCGGGGCGCCGCCGCUUCCCGCAGGCGCUCAUCGUGGGCGUGAAGAAGGGGGGCACCCGCGCGCUGCUGGAGGCCCUGCGCUUGCACCCCGACGUCCGCGCGCUGGGCUCCGAGCCCCACUUUUUCGACAGGUGCUACGACCGCGGCCUCGCUUGGUACCGGAGCCUGAUGCCGCGCACCCUGGACGGGCAGGUCACCCUGGAGAAGACGCCCAGCUACUUCGUGACCCGCGAGGCGCCCAGGCGCAUCCACUCCAUGUCCCCCAACACAAAGCUGAUCGUGGUGGUGCGCAACCCGGUGACCCGCGCCAUCUCCGACUACGCGCAGACCCUGUCCAAGACGCCCGGGCUGCCCAGCUUCGGCGCGCUGGCCUUCGGGCGGGGCCGCGGCGCGGUGGACACGGCCUGGAGCGCGGUGCGCAUCGGCUUGUACGCGUUGCACCUGGCGCGCUGGCUGCGGGUCUUCCCGCUGUCCCGCUUCCUCUUCGUCAGCGGCGAGCGGCUGGUCAGCGACCCGGCCGGGGAGGUGGGCCGCGUGCAGGACUUCCUGGGCCUGCGGCGCGUGGUGACCGCCCAGCACUUCUACUUCAACGCCACCAAGGGCUUCCCCUGCCUCCGCAAGGCGCGGGGCGGAGGCCGGGCCCGCUGCCUCGGCCAGUCCAAGGGCCGGCCGCACCCCCGGGUGCCCGCCGCGGUGGUGCAGCGCCUGCGGGACUUCUACCGGCCCUUCAACCGCAGGUUCUACCGGAUGACCGGCCAGGACUUCGGCUGGGACUGACCGAUGUCUGUGCGGGCCAGAGCCGGGGGGAGGGCGGGAAAAUAAAGUCCGCUGCUGGGC